AUGGGCGACAUGGCUAACAACUCAGUUGCAUACAGUGGUGUGAAAAAUUCUGUAAAAGAAGCUAAUCAUGAUGGAGGUUUUGGAAUCACAUUGGCUGAGCUCCGUGAUCUCAUGGAGCUGCGGUCCACCGAUGCAUUAUGUAAAAUACAAGAAACCUACGGCGAUGUUUACGGGAUUUGUACCAAGUUGAAAACCUCUCCCAACGAAGGUCUAAGUGGAAAUCCUGCAGAUAUAGAGAGGAGGGAAGCAGUAUUUGGGAAGAAUUUUAUACCGCCUAAAAAGCCAAAAACAUUUCUUCAGUUAGUUUGGGAGGCAUUGCAGGAUGUUACAUUAAUUAUCUUAGAAAUUGCAGCCAUAGUAUCUUUAGGCCUUUCUUUUUACCAGCCUCCUGGAGGAAAUAAUGCUGCAUGUGGAGAUGUCUCUGUUGGAGAAGAAGAGGAUGAAAGUGAAACUGGUUGGAUUGAAGGAGCUGCCAUUCUGUUGUCAGUAGUGUGUGUGGUCUUAGUAACUGCUUUCAAUGACUGGAGUAAGGAAAAACAAUUCAGAGGUUUGCAAAGUCGCAUUGAACAAGAACAGAAAUUCACUGUCAUUCGAGGUGGUCAAGUUAUCCAGAUUCCAGUGGCCGACAUUACUGUUGGAGAUAUUGCUCAGGUGAAAUACGGUGAUCUUCUACCAGCUGAUGGUAUACUUAUUCAAGGAAAUGAUCUUAAAAUUGAUGAAAGCUCUUUAACUGGAGAAUCCGAUCAUGUUAAGAAGAAUUCAGAUAAAGAUCCCCUACUUUUAUCAGGUACCCAUGUGAUGGAAGGCUCUGGAAGAAUGGUAGUAACUGCUGUAGGUGUGAAUUCUCAAACUGGAAUUAUCUUUACAUUACUCGGGGCUGGAAGUGAAGAAGAGGAGAAAAAAGACGAAAAGAAAAAAGAAAAGAAAAAUAAAAAACAAGAUGGAGCUGUUGAGAACCGCAACAAAGCAAAAGCCCAGGAUGGUGCCGCCAUGGAAAUGCAGCCUCUGAAGAGUGAAGAUGGUGGAGAUGGUGAUGAAAAAGACAAAAAGAAAGCAAAUUUGCCAAAGAAAGAAAAAUCAGUUUUACAAGGAAAACUUACAAAGUUAGCAGUUCAGAUUGGCAAAGCAGGCCUAUUGAUGUCUGCAAUCACAGUGAUCAUUCUUGUAUUAUAUUUUGUAAUCGACACCUUCUGGAUACAAAAGCGUCCAUGGCUUGCUGAGUGCACACCUAUUUAUAUACAAUAUUUCGUCAAGUUCUUUAUUAUCGGAGUGACGGUCCUGGUAGUGGCAGUGCCAGAAGGUCUUCCUCUCGCAGUCACCAUCUCACUUGCUUACUCUGUCAAGAAAAUGAUGAAAGAUAAUAACUUGGUAAGACAUUUGGAUGCUUGCGAGACGAUGGGAAAUGCCACAGCAAUUUGCUCAGAUAAAACUGGAACGCUGACCAUGAACAGAAUGACGGUUGUUCAAGCUUUCAUAAAUGAAAAACAUUAUAAAAAGAUUCCUGAGCCAGAAGAUAUCCCUGCGGCCACUUUGUCCUGUCUUGUAACAGGAAUUUCUGUGAAUUGUGCUUAUACUUCAAAAAUAUUGCCUCCCGAGAAAGAAGGUGGAUUACCCCGUCAUGUUGGCAAUAAAACUGAAUGUGCCUUGCUCGGAUUGCUUCUGGAUUUAAAACGGGAUUAUCAAGAUGUAAGAAAUGAAAUACCAGAAGAGGCAUUGUACAAAGUAUACACCUUCAAUUCGGUUAGAAAAUCGAUGAGUACUGUGUUGAAAAAUUCAGAUGGCAGUUUCCGGAUAUUCAGCAAGGGGGCAUCUGAGAUCAUUCUCAAAAAGUGCUUUAAAAUUUUGAGUGCUAAUGGUGAAGCAAAGGUAUUCAGACCAAGAGAUCGUGAUGAUAUUGUAAAAACUGUAAUUGAACCUAUGGCGUCAGAAGGAUUAAGAACUAUAUGUCUUGCAUACAGAGAUUUCCCAGCAGGAGAACCUGAGCCAGAGUGGGAUAAUGAAAAUGAUAUUGUCACUGGUCUUACGUGCAUUGCUGUAGUGGGAAUUGAGGAUCCUGUAAGACCUGAGGUUCCAGAUGCAAUAAAAAAAUGCCAGCGAGCUGGAAUCACUGUUCGAAUGGUCACUGGUGAUAACAUUAAUACUGCUCGUGCUAUUGCUUCAAAAUGUGGUAUUUUAAAUCCUGGUGAAGAUUUCCUCUGCCUAGAAGGCAAAGACUUCAACAGACGGAUACGAAACGAAAAGGGAGAGAUUGAACAAGAACGAAUAGACAAGAUUUGGCCAAAGCUUCGCGUCCUUGCAAGAUCUUCUCCUACCGACAAACACACCCUGGUCAAAGGUAUAAUUGAUAGCACUGUCUCAGAGCAGCGCCAGGUCGUAGCUGUGACUGGUGAUGGUACCAACGAUGGCCCAGCCCUGAAAAAAGCAGAUGUUGGAUUUGCUAUGGGUAUUGCUGGAACCGAUGUAGCUAAAGAAGCUUCUGAUAUUAUUCUCACAGAUGACAACUUCACAAGCAUCGUCAAAGCAGUUAUGUGGGGAAGAAAUGUGUAUGAUAGUAUCUCAAAGUUCCUUCAGUUCCAGCUUACAGUGAACGUAGUCGCAGUGAUUGUUGCCUUCACGGGAGCCUGCAUUACUCAAGAUUCCCCGCUUAAGGCUGUGCAGAUGCUGUGGGUAAAUCUCAUUAUGGACACACUAGCUUCUCUGGCCCUGGCAACUGAACCACCCACUGAAUCUCUCUUGCUCCGGAAACCGUAUGGCAGAAACAAACCUCUCAUUUCUCGCACGAUGAUGAAGAACAUUUUGGGGCAUGCAUUCUACCAACUUGUAGUAGUCUUUACACUCUUGUUUGCCGGUGAAAAGUUUUUUGAUAUUGACAGUGGAAGAAAUGCGCCAUUGCAUGCUCCACCUUCAGAACAUUACACUAUUGUUUUUAAUACCUUUGUGCUAAUGCAACUCUUCAAUGAAAUAAAUGCUCGAAAAAUUCAUGGUGAAAGAAAUGUUUUUGAAGGAAUCUUCAAUAAUGCCAUCUUCUGCACUAUCGUUCUAGGCACAUUUGUGGUACAGAUCAUCAUUGUACAGUUUGGUGGAAAGCCAUUCAGUUGUUCGGAACUUUCAGUGGAACAGUGGUUAUGGUCAAUUUUCCUGGGAAUGGGAACCUUACUCUGGGGCCAGCUCAUCUCAACUAUUCCAACCAGUCGGUUAAAGUUCCUCAAAGAAGCUGGUCACGGCACACAAAAAGAAGAGAUUCCAGAGGAGGAAUUAGCUGAAGAUGUUGAAGAGAUCGAUCAUGCCGAAAGAGAGUUGCGUCGUGGCCAGAUCUUAUGGUUUAGGGGUCUGAACAGAAUACAGACUCAGAUGGAUGUAGUGAAUGCUUUCCAGAGUGGAAGUGCCAUUCAGGGGGCUCUAAGGCGGCAACCCUCCAUCGCCAGCCAGCAUCACGAUAUCCGAGUGGUGAAUGCGUUUCGUAGUUCGUUAUACGAGGGGUUAGAAAAACCCGAGUCCCGAAGUUCAAUCCACAACUUUAUGACGCAUCCUGAAUUUAGGAUAGAAGAUUCUGAGCCUCAUAUUCCCCUUAUUGAUGAUACUGAUGCAGAAGAUGAUGCUCCCACAAAACGUAAUUACAGCCCUCCACCUUCUCCCAACAAAAACAACAAUGCAGUUGACAGUGGAAUUCAUCUGACAACAGACAUGAAUAAGUCUGCUACCUCUUCAUCCCCAGGGAGCCCCCUACAUAGUUUGGAAACGUCCCUCUGAUGGUAAACUGAAUGUCAAUACACUAUCGGCAUUGUAAAGAAACAAAUUGCAACUGGGUCUCUUCACAUAUUGUGAUGAACAAGAUGGCAUUCUUGUCUUGGACUUCGACAGAAGACGUACUUGUACGAAUGUAGAUUUAUUUUUUUAAAGAAAAAAAAGCUUUCUGCCAGACUUGGGCGCUUCUGUGGGGGUGGGAGGGAUGAACUCUGUCAGGUAAACGGUAACUCGGCAGAAGCGACCCUCGGAUCAUCGGUUAUACUUUAAGAGUGAUCCUGAACAGUCCUGAAUGGUGUGAGCAGAGCUUUAGAUUAUCUCGAGCCUUUGGGUGGGGGCGAGGCGGGGUGAGGGUGGGCGGGGGAGGGCAGAAGGGAGGGCUGGGAAAGGCAACGGAAUCAUGGAUCAUUGAAUCGACUCUUUAAUUUCUGCUGUUGGCUGUUAAUAAUUUGGAUUAUUUAUGUUUAUAAAUGAUACAGAUCUGUUUACAAGGUUUGUAGAUACUUUUUUUGUUCCUGUUGAUAGAUGGGAAGCUUCCUUAUAAAUGAUGCAGAGAAAAACUAGUCCUUCAAAUACUGCUGUAUUUUCAGGAAAAGGGUGUUUCUAUUGAAACUACUAAAUUUUUGCCUACAAUUUACCUUGUUAAAUAUUGUAGAUAAAUUGCUGAUACUGAUAGCCAAAUAGAUGACACUAAUGCUUUGUAAAAACGAAAAAAUGAGCAGUGGUGUUCUAAUGAAGUUAUGGCCUCUGUCCUGAUUAGUUUCUUAAAUACAUUUACUACUUAAUGGUUUUGAAACAAUUGUUUAAUUUUUAAAAAUUUUGACAAAACUUACUGGAUAACUUUUUGUUCAGAAUUUACUAGAUUGUUUAAUGCGGACAUCAAUAUAUGAUGAAAGAUGCUUGAAAUACUUUUGUUAUUUCAGGCAAAUUGGAUUAAAUUAAGAUACAAGAGAACCUUAGUCUUUUUGUUUUUGUCGAAACACGUUAGUUUAGUGAUGUCUUGGUGAACUGUGAGUGAACUGUGUUUGAUUUUUCUAAUACAUCUUUGGAAACCUUACAGCAUGAGGGCUGUUGGCAUUUUGAAAAAGAUUAUUAGUAAUAGCAUUCAUGUUUUUCUUUUGUUUUUGAAACUUGUUUGUAAACAUAAAUAAACAUGCCCUUUUACUAAAUAAAAAUGCAGCAAUGUUUUUUUA